AUGUCGAUCCCGGCGGAUCGCUCUCGCCUGCGGUUGGAAGGCCCUGCUCCAACCCGUGCCCGCUGCUCUGCGUCCUCCAGCGAGGCGGCGGCCGAGAGGCUCACCGACGACCUCCUCCUGGAGAUCCUCCCGCGCGUGCCCGCCAAAUCCCUCUGCCGCUUCAGGUGUGUCUCCAAGCACUGGCUCGACCUCAUCGACCACCCCGACCACCGCAAGAAGCUCCCGCAAACACUCGCUGGGUUCUUCUACAACAAAGGUUUCACCAGCAGCAGCCCGGAGUCCUUUUUGGUGCCGCCUAUCCUCCUCACCAGUGUCUCGGGGAGCCCCUGCCCUCUGACCUCAACCUCUGUCGCGUUCCUGCCCAAGUACAUGAGUGUUUAUGUCUUGGACUGCUGCAAUGGCCUCUUCCUCUGUCGCUGGUAUGGCGUCUCCACCAAGAUUGGAGAAUUCAGCUACAUUGUUUGCAAUCCAGCCACGGAGAAAUGGGUUGCGUUGCCGAGCUCCGGCCAGGCCACCGACAAUGUGCUCAUCGCACGUUUGGGCUUUGAUCCGACCCAAUCGUCGCAUUUUCAUGUGUUUGAGUUGUUGGAGGAUCAUGAUAGCUGGGGCCCUUCCCCUGGCCUGGCCGGAGUGGCAGUGUAUUCGUCUGAAACCGGAGGAUGGAUCCAUAAGAAAGAGAGAUGGAACCAACAUAUCAUGCUCCCUUAUUAUGAUCGUACCUCAGCAGACACUGUCUUUCUUGACAGCCGUCUGUAUUUUCAUGCCAUUGGCAGUGGGUUGUCCAAAUGUCUAGCUGCAGUGGACACGGAGGGGGAAACAUGGACCAACUUCGGUGUCCCUGGUGGUGGUCUGAUUGAGGGUUUUAUUCAGGGGUCACAGGGCUGCUUGCACUAUGCCAAUUUCUAUAGAGAUGAUUACAAUGCUGCAGUUCGGCUACAAGUAUAUGUUCUCCGGAACGAUGAAAGCAAAGAAUGGAUACUGAAGCACACCGUUGAAACUUCAUAUGUAUUUGGAGGGAUAGAUGUUACCCUUGAUUGGGAUUUUAAGUGGGUUGGGAUUCAUCCGCAGUGUAACUCGAUCUUCUUCACUGGAGGUUGGGAUACCUCAUUCAUGCGCUAUAAUAUGGAUAAUCAAAAAGUGAAAGUGAUCCGCAAUCUCAAAGAUGGCAAUCCACCAUAUCUGCCGUAUGUGCCGUUGUACGCAGAUUUACAAUCUUUGGAAAUGUGACAUCAAUAUGAGACAGCCAGUGCCUCUAUAGCAGUAAAUUGUUCGUGCUAUGGAGCAGCAGGCUUUGGUAUGUAUGCUAGAAGAAUUCUGGCUCUCGCGUUUUUUCUAGCUGAUGUAUACAUCCUUCUAAGUUUUGAGCUAUGGUGGUUCAUCAUGGAGGCUG